AUGGAUCUGGUGGACCUGGGAGACGUGGCCGGUGGCUGUGAGGAAAAGAACUGUGGCCUGGCAUCGGGCUUCCCGGAGGACUGCUCCAACCAAGAGUGCUACCGGGAGGAACCUAUAUUUGGACUGGUUGAAUUAGUGUGCGUGACUGUGAUUUACAUCCCACUGAUGCUCUUCGGCCUUCUGGGAAACAUCCUGACGAUCCUGGUGGUUUGGCUUCGUCCACACAUGAGAAGCUCCACCUACCUGUACCUGAGCAGCAUGGCGGUGAGCGACAUGCUGAUCCUCCUCCUGAUGCCUCUGGAUCUCUAUAAGCUGUGGAGGCCCAGACCCUGGACCUUGGGAGACCUGUUCUGUAAGCUGACCAUGUUCCUCUCAGAGUGCUGCACCUUCUGCACCAUCCUUCACAUCACCUUUCUCUCCCUGGAGAGGUACCUGGCGGUCUGCUGGCCUAUAACAGCCAAGACAGUGGUGACGCGGCGCAGGACCAGGGCUGUCAUCGGCUGCCUCUGGUUGGGGGCAGCUGUCAGCGCCGCCCCGGUGUUGAUCAUGGUCGGAGUGGAAGACGUCGCGGGAGAAGAGUUCGGGCUCAGUCAGUGGAGGGAGGAUGGAGGUUGGACGGGCGUGGACGGAGAACAUGGAGGAAUAAUGUUGGCUGGACAGGAAAGAAGUGAACACAUGGCUUUGAUGGAUGGAAGAUCUCAGGGAAUAACGUGGGGAGAAGAAGAGACACGGGGGUGGAGUGGAAACGUUGGAGACCAGCAAUGGUUCAUAGACAGAGAGGAGAACAAAGCAGGAGAUGAAAGGAAACAAGGUGAAAUGAAAGACGAGAAACAAGCAGGUGACCAAGGAGGUGAAGAAGAAGGAGAGAUGGAAUUUAAGGGAGAGCAGCAAAAUAAAAAGAAGGAAGAUGAGGGAGGAGGAAGGGAACGGGGAGCAGGUGGAGGUGUUGGACGAGUGGUGGACGGGAGAGAGUGCCGCUGCACGCACCACGCCGUCGCCUCCGGCCUGCUGUCGACCAUGAUGAUUCUGUCCAACCUGUACUUCCUGGUGCCGCUCUGCAUCAUGGGGCUGGUGUACAGCCUGAUUGGACGGACUCUGUGGCUCCGCCCAAAGAGCAGCCGGAGAGACCAGAGUCACCGAAACACUGUCAAAAUGCUGGGAAUGAUCAUCUUGGCGUUUAUCGUGUGCUGGCUGCCCUUCCAUGUUGGUCGGACCAUAUUUUCUCUUUCUAUGGACACCGGCUUCGACUUUUUGUACUACCUGUGUCAGUACUUUAACCUCGUGUCCUCUGUGCUCUUCUACCUCAGCGCUGCCGUCAAUCCUUUGCUGUACAACCUGAUGUCUGCCAGAUACAGACACGCCGUGCACAGCCUCAUCCACACACACUCUCACACACAGGCUCACCACCUGCGCAGCACACUCACGGCCCGACACUCCACAACGACCAUGUAG